ACUGAACUCGUGCGACUUCUGACGCAGGGGAAGCAGUCGUCUGUCCAUGUCCGAGGGAUCUUCCACUCAGAAGGAAAAAAGAACAAGAAAAAAAGAAAAAAAAGAAAAAAACCAUGUCCGAGGCGAUUACUUCGUGUUCCAGUUCAGUUGAAGGUCUUCAUGUCACGCUAAUCUCCUGACACACUCUCUCUCUUCCCACUCUCCCAGAGAAUCCCUCUCUCUCUCAGGCUGUCUCCCUCUCCCUCAGCACUCAUCAUUCAAUUCGAUUCCGCAGCAUCCCAUUCCAUUCUGCCCCAUUAUCCUUCUCCAGAAUCGAAUCAUUCCAGUCACCGGCGUGAUUUCUUCAUUCCGCAGGGUCAAUCUCUCUCUCCCUCUCGCUCUCUCGUUCUCUCUAUGCGUACACUAUUGCUGGUGGUGUAGCCAGCCCUGCUUCGGCCGGAGGUAGAGACUGUGUUAGUAGGAGAAAUGGAGAAGGAUUCUAGGGUUUCGGAGAACGCCGCCGACGGCCCUCAUUCCUCUUACUGGCUGGACGCCUGCGAGGACAUGUCCUGCGACGUCAUGGGCGAGUUCAUCAAUUUCCCCCCCGCUGACACCGCCAGCUCUGAUCAGGACGCCCUCGUCAACGUUAAUGAUUUCUUCGGCGGCAUCGAUCACAUCCUCGAUAGCAUCAAGAGCGGUGCCGGAGUCCCCACCUCUCAUCCUCCCCCGCCUCCUCCUCCUCCCGGUGCCCAGUUCGGGGCCGACGGGAACCCCUCUGCAGCGCCACCGCUGCUGCAGCAGCCUGAAGCCACGGUCCCGUCUGAUUCCGUCUGGCAACAGCAGGGAGACGCGGUUUGCAAGUCGCCGCACAACGAAGCUCCGAGGAAUGGGAACCGAGAGAGGGACCGGGACUCUGUUGGGGAGGAAAGGGGCGGCAAGAGGGCCCGGUUUGGCAGUUUUAAGAAUGACAGGUUUCACUCAGGCAAGGGGCAUUGGUUUCAAAGGGACAGGGACAAGGAAAGAUGCUUCAACCGUAAGAGGUCGAGGGACUCGGAUGAGACCGAUAGAAGAGAUCGGGACCAUGUCCGCAGAAGAGAGCAUUACUGUGCCGGUUCUCGGAGGGAUGGUAGAGAGAGGGACUGGAGGGAGCGGGAACCCCGGGGUUAUUGGGAGAGGGACCGUCUCGGGACCAAUGAGAUAGUUUUCCGCAUGGGUGCCUGGGAAGCCGAGCGUAACCGAGAUGGGAAGUCCAACGCCAACGGUCACCAAGACAGUGGACAGGUGCAGGACAGGCCCGAGGAGACUAAGGAGAAGCCUCCCGAAGAGCAAGCUCGUCAGUAUCAGCUGGAUGUUCUCGAACAGGCCAAGAGAAAGAACACGAUAGCGUUCCUUGAAACUGGGGCGGGGAAGACCUUAAUCGCUGUUCUACUAAUGAAAAGUGUUUGUAGUGAUUUGCAGAAGCUGAACAAGAAAAUGCUGGCUGUAUUCUUGGUCCCCAAAGUUCCUUUAGUCUACCAGCAAGCAGAAGUCAUUCGGGAGCGAACUGGUUUCCAAGUAGGCCAUUAUUGUGGUGAAAUGGGACAGGAUUUCUGGGAUGCUAGAAGGUGGCACCGGGAGUUCGAAACAAAGCAGGUACUAGUAAUGACUGCUCAGAUAUUACUGAACGUCUUGAGGCACAGCAUAAUUAAAAUGGAAAUGAUAAAUCUUCUUAUUUUGGACGAGUGCCAUCAUGCUGUAAAGAAACAUCCUUAUUCUUUGGUAAUGUCUGAGUUUUAUCAUACGACGCCAAAGGAAAAGAGACCGUCUGUUUUUGGGAUGACUGCUUCACCUGUCAACUUAAAGGGGGUUUCUAGCCAAGUUGACUGUGCUAUUAAGAUCCAUAAUCUCGAAAGCAAGCUGGAUUCCACAGUUUGCACCAUAAAGGAUCGUAAGGAGCUGGAAAAGCAUGUCCCGAUGCCCUCCGAGGUUGUGGUGGAGUAUGAUAGAGCAGCUAGCUUGUGGUCCCUCCAUGAACAAAUAAAACAAAUGGAAGUGGCUGUGGAAGAAGCUGCACAAUCUAGCUCUAGGAGGAGCAAGUGGCAAUUUAUGGGCGCAAGAGAUGCAGGUGCCAAGGAAGAAUUGCAUCAAAUUUAUGGCGUCUCCGAGAGAACAGAGAGUGAUGGUGCUGCUAAUUUAAUACAGAAGCUGAGAGCUAUCAACUAUGCUCUUGGUGAACUUGGUCAAUGGUGUGCUUACAAGGUUGCGCAAUCAUUUUUGACGGCUUUACAAAAUGACGAGAGGACAAAUUACCAGCUCGAUGUCAAGUUCCAGGAAUCUUACUUAACUAAGGUUGUGUCACUCUUACAAUGCCAAUUAUCAGAGGGGGCUGUUUCUGAUAGGGACAUGAAAGAAUCGGACAAUAUAACAUCUGAAGGGACAGAACCUGAUGAGAUAGAGGAGGGCGAACUUCCUGAUAGCCAUGUUGUUUCUGGUGGGGAGCAUGUGGAUGAGAUAAUUGGUGCUGCCGUCGCUGAUGGAAAAGUGUCUCCAAAAGUUCAAUCACUAAUAAAGAUACUGCUCAAGUAUCAGCGCACGGAGGAUUUUCGUGCAAUCAUAUUUGUCGAACGUGUUGUAGCUGCUUUGGUUCUUCCAAAGGUUUUUGCAGAACUUCCAUCUCUUAGUUUUGUCAAAUGUGCAAGCUUGAUUGGCCACAACAAUAGUCAAGAGAUGCGGACGUGCCAAAUGCAGGACACAAUUGGCAAGUUUCGGGAUGGUCGAGUCACCCUGCUGGUUGCCACUAGUGUUGCUGAGGAAGGGCUGGAUAUUCGACAGUGCAAUGUGGUCAUCCGUUUUGACCUAGCGAAGACUGUUCUGGCAUACAUUCAGUCUCGGGGUCGUGCAAGAAAGCCUGGAUCAGAUUACAUCUUGAUGGUCGAGAGGGGGAAUUUGUCACAUGCUGCAUUCUUGAGGAAUGCACGCAAUAGUGAAGAGACCUUACGAAAGGAAGCAAUUGAGAGAACCGAUAUUAGUCAUCUCAAGGAUACUUCGAAAUUUAUAUCAGUGGAUGCAACCCCAGGAACAGUGUAUCAGGUUGAGUCAACUGGUGCUGUUGUGAGCUUGAAUUCUGCUGUCGGACUUAUCCAUUUUUACUGCUCUCAGCUGCCCAGUGACCGAUACUCAAUUCUUCGGCCUGAAUUCAUCAUGGAGAAGCAUGAGAAGCCUGGAGGUCCCACUGAGUAUUCGUGCAGGCUUCAACUCCCCUGCAAUGCCCCAUUUGAAAAGCUUGAGGGUCCUGUGUGCAGCUCAAUGCGCUUAGCCCAACAGGCUGUUUGUCUGGCUGCCUGCAAGAAGCUCCAUGAGAUGGGGGCAUUUACUGACAUGCUCUUACCGGACAAAGGAAGUGGAGAAGAAGGCAAGAGGGUAGACUCCACUGAUGAAGGAGAUCCGCUUCCUGGUACUGCCCGACACAGAGAGUUCUAUCCUGAAGGUGUUGCUAAUGUUCUCCAGGGAGAUUGGAUCUUGCGUGGAGGGAAAAGUUGUGAUGGGUCCAGAAUGCUUCAUUUACAUAUGUAUGCCGUCAAAUGUGUAAAUGUUGGCUCUACAAAAGAUCAGUUUCUGACGCAAGUUUCAGAUUUCUCAGUACUAUUUUGCAAUAAGCUGGAUGCAGAGGUGUUAUCGAUGUCUAUGGAUCUAUUUAUCGCGCGAACCAUGAUAACAAAAGCAUCUCUUGUUUACAAGAGAGCGAUUGAUAUCACAGAAGAUCAGUUGACAGUUCUUAAAAGCUUUCAUGUAAGGUUGAUGAGUAUCGUGCUUGAUGUGGAUGUUGAACCUUCCACCACUCCAUGGGAUCCUGCAAAGGCAUAUCUAUUUGUCCCUGUGGUUGGCGAUGAAUCUAUAGAUCCUUUUAAAGAAAUUGACUGGAAUCUGGUCGAAGCAAUCGUGCAAACAGAUGCAUGGAGCAAUCCGCUGCAGAGGGCUCGACCUGAUGUUUACCUUGGUACAAACGAGCGCACUCUUGGUGGGGACAGGAGGGAGUACGGGUUUGGCAAGUUGCGUCACGGCAUGGCCUUUGGGAACAAGUCCCAUCCAACCUAUGGCAUCAGAGGUGCUGUGGCACAAUUUGACGUCGUGAAAGCUUCCGGACUGGUCGCUAAUAGAGAUGCCCUUGAAAUGCAAAGUUACUCCGAUAUGAUCCAAAAAAGAUUGGUGAUGGCUGAUUCCUUUAUGAGUUCAGACGAUCUAGUGGGAAGAAUUGUGACAGCUGCUCACUCUGGGAAGCGGUUCUAUGUGGACUCAAUAUGUUAUGAUAUGAAUGCUAAUAACUCUUUCCCGAGGAAAGAAGGGUAUCUUGGCCCGCUCGAGUACAGCUCAUACGCGGAUUAUUACUGCCAAAAAUAUGGAGUUGAUCUGAUACAUAAGGAACAGCCGUUAAUUAGAGGGCGUGGCGUUUCAUAUUGCAAGAAUCUCUUAUCUCCCAGAUUUGAGCAUUCGGAAGCGGAGUCUGAUGAAACUCUUGACAAAACAUACUAUGUGUUCCUCCCUCCUGAGCUUUGUCUUGUACAUCCACUCCCUGGAUCACUAAUUCGAGGUGCUCAGAGGCUCCCCUCAAUCAUGAGAAGGGUUGAGAGCAUGCUGCUUGCUAUUCAACUUCAGGACGUAAUCAAUUACCCAGUCCCCGCUUCGAGGAUCCUGGAAGCUUUGACAGCUGCCUCGUGCCAGGAGACAUUUUGCUAUGAAAGGGCGGAGCUUCUGGGAGAUGCCUAUCUGAAAUGGGUCGUCAGCAGGUUUUUGUUUCUUAAGUAUCCUCAGAAGCAUGAGGGUCAGCUUACAAGGAUGAGACAGCAAAUGGUGAGCAACAUGGUUUUAUACGAGUAUGCAUUGAGCAAAGGGCUUCAAUCAUACAUCCAGGCAGAUCGGUUUGCUCCAUCUAGAUGGGCUGCACCCGGUGUCCUUCCGGUGUUUGAUGAGGACACCAAGGAUGAGGAAUCAUCCUUGUUCGACGAUGAGACUUCAGCCACAAAGGGUGAGUCUAGGAGGGAGUUUAACGGUGAUGUGGAUUAUGACGAUAUGGAAGACGGUGAACUCGAGAGUGACUCGAGUUCUUACCGAGUCCUGUCAAGUAAGACACUGGCAGAUGUUGUUGAAGCACUGAUUGGGGUAUAUUACGUGGAAGGUGGGAAAAAUGCUGCCAACCACCUCAUGAAAUGGGUAGGAAUACAGGUCGAGUUCGAUAAUGAAGAGAUAGAGCAUGCAAUAAAGCCAUCCAAUGUGCCCGAGAGCGUCCUUAGAAGUGUGAAUUUUGAUGCAUUAGAAGCUGCGCUAAAUAUUAAGUUCAUAGACAGGGGACUGUUGGUGGAAGCUAUUACUCAUGCAUCCCGACCAUCUUCUGGAGUCUCGUGCUACCAGCGGUUGGAGUUUGUUGGCGAUGCUGUGUUGGAUCACCUUAUCACGAGGCAUCUUUUCUUCACAUACACUGAUCUUCCACCUGGGCGCUUGACAGACCUUCGAGCUGCUGCAGUAAACAAUGAAAAUUUUGCUCGUGUCGCUGUUAAACACAAGCUCCAUUUGCACCUUCGGCAUGGGUCUAGUGCUCUGGAGAGGCAGAUAAGAGAUUUUGUAAAAGAAGUUCAGGAAGAAAUAUCGAAGCCUGGGUUUAACUCUUUCGGUUUGGGAGAUUGUAAAGCUCCAAAAGUUCUCGGUGACAUUGUUGAAUCAAUUGCUGGUGCUAUAUUUCUGGACAAUGAACGGGAUACGGCCGUUGUCUGGAAGGUUUUUCAGCCUCUAUUGCACCCAAUGGUCACUCCAGAAACACUCCCAAUGCAUCCGGUUCGUGAGCUGCAGGAGCGAUGCCAGCAGCAAGCUGAGGGCUUGGAGUAUAAAGCCUGUCGUAGUGGCAAUUUGGCCACAGUUGAAGUAUUCAUCGAUGGCGUACAGGUUGGAGUAGCUCAGAACCCACAAAAGAAAAUGGCACAGAAACUUGCUGCCCGGAAUGCACUGGCUAUUCUGAAGGAGAGGGAGACCACUUUCGCAAAGGAGAAGGGCGAAAAUGGAGAUGGAAAGAAGAAAAAUGGCAGCCCGACAUUUACAAGGCAAACAUUAAAUGAUAUCUGCUUGCGCCGGAACUGGCCAAUGCCGUUCUAUCGGUGUGUGAAUGAAGGCGGCCCUGCACAUGCGAAGAGGUUUACGUAUGCGGUGCGUGUGAAUACGACCGACAGGGGAUGGACUGAUGAAUGCGUGGGAGAGCCAAUGCCAAGCGUCAAGAAGGCCAAAGACUCUGCCGCGGUCCUCCUCUUGGAGCUCCUCAACAAAUGGUAUUCCUCAUGAUCUAUCCAGCUUUCUACUUGUUAUAUAUUCGUGGGUGGUCCAAAUCGAGAGAAAAACCAAGACUAUCUAUCGUUCAUUCACUGACCAUUCAAAAUAUACACUCUCACUCAUAUAUUACAAAGUGACACCUUUACUUGCUCUAUUUCACACUUGUGCCAAUAUACUAUGCAACACUCUCAACAGUGGGAACUCGUAUUUUAAGCUCGCCUAUUUAAGUUGUUGACGGGUGCUUGUCUUAGAAUAACGGAGGAAAUGCCUUUAGUGAACUUGUGAUGGUUGCAUUUCCUGUUAUUUUAUGCAACGCAGCAACUGAAUAUGUUUAGAUUGCUAACA